AUGUUUCGCCGCCUUGAAGAUGGCCUGGUCAAGGAUCAUCCUGACCCGCAUUGGCCUGAUGAUAUGAACAAACUUGGAUGCUUCAUCACUGAGGAUGGCCUCCUGCGAAGGAAGGACAAACCUGAUCAGAGGUUUGAUUACUGGGUCACAAACCACGAGCGUUACAAUGAAGUCCAUCGCGAGGCAAUGCAGAAAUGCAUUCGCCGUGAAAUUGACUCUCGAAUGGCACAGCUUGGUAUCGAGAAGCUGUACAUGCCACAACUCAUCUACGAAGAGCCUCGGGACGAGCCCCAUAUACCAAUCUAUGCACCGCCGGUGGAGAUAUUGAGAGCGAGGAAGCGAGUGAUCAUACUCAUCAACGAUGAUUUUCAAGAUCUUGGAGUGCUAGCAUACCGCCAUCUCUACGAACAGGGAGGUUUUGAGCAUGGCUCCUGCGUAAGCACUGUCAAGGACCUCAUUGCAAGAUCUCCGCCUCUAGGUGUUGACGGCGAUGUUAACCCUGAGACUGCAGCUCAAAGCCGCGGUGCACCGGCUUUGAUUGUCUUGAAUCCGGGUCAGCUGCGCUAUUCGCACAAAUAUAACUGUGCUAUGACGCGUAUUUCGUGGCUGGCGAUGCCGCGAAAAUCGAUUGCCCAUCCUGCAACGGCCUUCGAUGGAGACGAGAACACCGUACCGGGCCAUCGGACCAUAGAAGAUCACAUAAAGACAGUAUUUGAGCAAGUCGUUGGCGACACUCGAUUCGUUUCUCCAGAAGCUGAGGUAUAUGUAAUUGCAGUCAGCGAAGGAGCUCGUGCGACCCUUGACAUUCUUGACGAAAACUGGCCAAAGUACUCUCAAAGAUUGACUGGUCUAGCUCUCAUGGACCCUCCCGGCAAUUACAAAGUUUGGGACGUGAACUUUAGGUCGUUCCUCAAGUACAGAACCCGUGCUUGGAUCAAGUCUGAAAGGUCAUCUAAUACUCUCUUGGAGACUCAUUUCACGGCCCUACCCGAUAACUUUAAGGUGUAUGACAUCGCCAACGCCGACCAAGAGCAUUAUCCACCCGAAGAGAACCGGUCCGGAGUUCCCUUAGUCAAGCAUGAAACCAACUGGCUCGAAAAUGUUACGCAAGGCGUCUCCCGUCAACAGAUCAAAGAGAUCAUUGGCUUCAACGAUACGAAAGCUUACCUUGACCACGUCAAGAAUAUUGGUGCAGAAAGCGUCCUCACCAGCGCUGGAAAUAGUAUGAUAAACCUGCCUAAAGCUGCGGCAUCGGCCCAGAGUUCCACAAGCGGUCAUGCUUCAAAGAUUGUACAGUCUGCAACGGCUGAGACAGGUGCAAACGCAAAGAAUCUUGAAUCACGCAUUGAUCAGCUCGUCAAAGACAGCUUCAGUCAAGCCCUCUACCCUACUUUUUCCGGAGGAGAUCCUGUCAUAGCAGAAAUGUUAUUCCCGCAGGUGAAGGGAUCUGUACUUGAUUUCUUCGAAGAGAUCGCCCAAGACCCGACGGCGUAUCGUAAUCCUGAAUUUGCCCUUACACCUAGAACUGCUGCAGCCGAGAUAGCAGAUGCUGUCGACGCAUUGGACCUGAUGGAUCCUGACGAAGCAGGAAGACUCUAUGACGGAGAUACACCCCUUCAGCUCGAUGGCGCUACCUCUGAGGUUCAGAAAGUGCCUUUUGCUGGGACAAUGGUUGACUCGCAGCUGUUGAACAAAGCAGGCUUGAGUGAUGUCAGCCGUGAGAGGAGCACCAGCGUAACACUUGUCAAUACCGACUGUGUCGAGCAAUGUCAUGAGCAAGAGAGCGAGGCCAAGGUUGGGAAGCUUGGAGAAUGCAAGGGCGGUGAUGAUAAGUCAGGUCAGGAUCUCAGAAAGGACUCUGGGGCGUGA